CCCUUGGGCGGGGGAUGUGAAUAUCGAGGUAGCCGGUUGGCCUGCAGCUGCGGCCGAGUAGCUGUGGGACGAUGACUGUGCAGCCGCCUCCGCGGACUGGCCCCUGCCGGAUGCCGUUGUUCCUCUCCUGGGGCCUGUGGCAGCCAGGUUUUGGCCGGGCCCCGGGGUGGGACGAUGGCCAGGACCGAGGCCUCGGGACAGAGCCGAGUGGUCGGGGAGCCUUCCACCCUGGUGUCCAAGACCCGAAUGUGAGCCCGCCGCAUGUGCCAGAUGCUCAAACUCGUGCUAUGCCGGCGUUACGCGUGGAGAUGCGGCUUGUAGUUUUUACACGCAGGAAUUUUCUAAAGUUCAGAAACCAUGUCUCGGAGAUAUGACUCCAGGACCACUAUAUUUUCUCCAGAAGGUCGCUUAUACCAAGUUGAAUAUGCCAUGGAAGCCAUUGGACAUGCAGGGACCUGUUUGGGAAUUUUAGCAAACGAUGGUGUUUUGCUUGCAGCAGAGAGACGCAACAUUCACAAACUUCUUGAUGAAGUCUUUUUCUCUGAAAAAAUUUAUAAACUCAAUGAGGACAUGGCUUGCAGCGUGGCAGGUAUAACUUCUGAUGCAAAUGUUCUGACUAAUGAACUGAGGCUCAUUGCACAAAGGUAUCUAUUACAAUACCAGGAGCCAAUCCCGUGUGAGCAGUUGGUUACAGCACUGUGUGAUAUCAAACAGGCCUAUACACAGUUUGGAGGAAAGCGUCCCUUUGGUGUUUCAUUGCUGUACAUUGGCUGGGAAAAGCACUAUGGCUUUCAGCUCUAUCAGAGUGACCCCAGUGGAAAUUAUGGGGGCUGGAAAGCCACGUGCAUUGGAAAUAACAGUGCUGCAGCUGUGUCAAUGCUGAAACAGGACUACAAAGAAGGAGAAAUGACUCUGAAGUCGGCGCUUGCUUUAGCUAUCAAAGUGCUGAACAAGACAAUGGAUGUUAGUAAGCUGUCUGCUGAGAAAGUGGAAAUCGCCACAUUAACUAGAGAGAAUGGGAAGACGGUGAUCAGAGUUCUCAAGCAAAAGGAAGUGGAACAGUUGAUCAAAAAACAUGAGGAAGAAGAAGCCAAAGCAGAGCGUGAGAAGAAAGAAAAAGAACAGAAAGAAAAAGAUAAAUAGGAGAUGGAAUCAAGGAUUUCAAUGUAGACAUUGUUCUAUUCUUCCGAGUCCAAGAAGGCUUUAAAAAAAAAAAAAACAAACUUGCACGGUGGAGAA